AUGGCUGAUAUCUACUCUGUUUCCCAAAGUGAGCUCGAUGUAAGUCUUUUGGAAUCCAGGAAAUAUACUAAUUUCACAAGUUUCACCCCCUUGUUGGCCACAUUAUUCCUGCUCGGGAACGUGGAGCGUGAUACCAAUAACUCGAUAGUCAUAGUCUUGGGCGAGUCUCACUCUCGAGCCUCCCAAUUAGACCAACUCGAUACCUCCGACAAAGUUUUACUUUUACAAUUUUUCUUCAAGCACUUGAAUGUCAUAGUUAUUAGUGCCAAAGACCUUGCUAAUGAGUCGCUCGUCCGUGAGGUGAACGUAUGCGUCCGCAGAAUCAAUGAUCUUAUUCGAGAAAGAAUCAGCAGGGUGGAAAUAUGGACAGGAACCGGUCCUCAAUCCAUAGAAGACAUAUCAGUUUCAUUACCCGAGCUUCAUACAGAUAUAUGCGAAAUAGUAUCGACUAUGUCAUCGGUGUUGAACGAAUCUUGCAAGCAUUCUCCUGUGAGCUUGAAAAAAUUAAAGACUUUCCAUCAGCUCAUUGUACAAGAGGUGAACUUUUUCACACUCUUGUCUCCAGGAAACACCAGGCCCCAGCUUGAACAGUUGUGUAACACUGUAGGAUACUGGGCCUUCCCUGCUCACGAACUUUCCAACAAUGAUUUGGUUUAUUGUGCAUAUUUGAUCCUCAGUUACUCAUUAAAGCAUAUCAAUCCCGUCCCACCAGAGUUGCAAAUUCCAUCACCAAAUGAAUUAUUGGGUAUUGUAUUCAUGGUACGCGAUAGUUAUAAUAGUGGAAAUCCAUUUCACAAUUUUCGUCAUGCAGUCGAUGUAUUACAGGCAUGCUUCCACUAUGUCUUAAGAUUGGGAUAUCUCCCAAAAUUCGAGCAAUUUUCUGAGGAACCAUUGAAGCAUUGCGACUUUGAGUCACUCAAAAACUUGAAGAAAACAGAACAUGGGGAUGACAGCGUGGUGGAUUUAACACCAACCGAUAACUUUCACAAGUCUUCAUCUACUACCACCUCAUUGACUGUAGCAUCAACAACCACGGCCACCAUCGAGCUGAAGGGCGGCACCACGACGUCCAAAAAUACAAAGGUCUUGAGUUCAUCGGUAACUCUUACUCCACUACAAACUUUGGGUCUCCUUGUUGCGGCUUUGGGUCAUGAUGUUGGCCACCCAGGCGUAACUAAUGCAUUUCUAGUGAAGUAUGAUGCAACACCUUCUCUCAUAUAUAAUGAGCACAGUGUGUUGGAGCUGUUUCAUGCAUCGGUGUUUGUAAAUAAGAUUUUGGCAGUGAGCUGGCCAUCUUUGCUCACGAUGAAGUGCACCGAGGAGAUGACAAUCAAGAACUUGAUCAUAAGUAGCAUUUUGGCCACGGACAUGGCCGAGCAUUUCGAGUACAUUGACAAGUUGACAUCACUCAAGGUCGCAAGUGAUGGCUGCGAAAGCAUUUCGAGCCACAAAGUACGGCUUGUGUCUAGUUUGCUUAUCAAGUGUGCAGAUAUUAGCAAUGUGACUAGGCCCUUACGGGUAUCUUCGCAGUGGGCAGUGGUGUUAAAGCGAGAGUUUGACGAAGUCUUUAUGCUCGAGGAAAAGAUCACAAAAGGGUCGAAAAAUCAUUCGGUGGAGUAUGAGAAAGUGCCGUCUGACUUGGAGAAACUCUUGGAAGAUUAUCCAACCAUCCACAAAGGGCAAUUAUUUUUCAUCAAGACAUUCGCUGAGAAACUCUUUGAUAACAUAGCCGAGCUUCUUCCUGACCUUCGGUAUACUUGCGACAUCAUACAGGAAAACAAAGACUACUGGUUACAUAGAGAUAAGCAGGUUAUAUAG